AGUAUGUGCUGCCCUCAGCCAACAUGGGUCUGCCUGGCCACCUCAUCCAGUGCCACUGCCCAUGGCCUGCCUACACCACCCACACAGCCCCCGUGGUCAAGAUGCUCGUUGAGGAGGACAAGUGGAGAAAGGCUGCAUCCAACUGCCCAGCAGAGACAGAGCCAAACGGAGAGCCUCAAGAAGCUGGUUUUGAGGAGGAAACCCAAGCGUUGCCAAAGCUGAGCAGAGACUUCCUGAAGUGCUCGUUGCUGGGGCAGCAAGGGCAGUCUGGGCUGCAGAAUUUGUAA